GUUCUUGGUGCUUCUGUGUCAAGCGGCGAUUGGUUAAUUCUGAUCCAUUGUAUUAAAGCCCAAUAUAUUAUCGUAUAAUAAGCGAGAAUUUCGACAUCAUCAGUCAGUCUGAUCGUCUUCUCCAGCUGUAGAAUGAGGACAAUCAUGCUGUCAUUGUCUUACUGCCUCAUUAUAUUAAUAUUGUCUGCGUAUAUUCACGAUGUGAAUAGCAUGGAUGGUGGACUGCGGGCAAAACCUGGUGAAUUCCCUUACGUGGCUUCCAUAUGGUACCGAUCUCAUCACAUCUGCAGUGGUACCAUCAUCGAUACUCUUCACAUUCUCACCGCAGCCCACUGCGUCCAAGGAAAGGUACCGACGGAUAUUUCCGUUCUUCCUGGUGUCGUGGAUUUCGAAAAGGAUGCGAGAGAGUGGUUCGGAGUUGAGUCCUAUCGUCAACAUCCUUCGUUUGAGAUCGUUCCAUUGGAAGGAUGGGCUGGCCAAUACUCCAGAAAUGACAUUGCUGUUCUCCGGUUACAAAAACCUCUGGUAUUGAGUCCGCGGGUUGGAAUAGCUACAUUCUGGGAUGGAAAAAUAGAGGCUGAUGGUCUUGAUGAUGUUCCCCAUCGUAUUGAUGCUAUUGAUGCCGUAAGGGCAGAUGAAAAUAAUAUGGACACGGAGGACGACUGCCUCGAUGAUGACUCCAGCAACGAUUCUAGUUCUUCUGGGUCGACCAUAGGGAUGACAGCAUUGUAUAAAAUACCAGGAUGGGACUAUAAUGGGGGAUGUACGAAGUCCCUGUAUUUGUUAUGGGUGGAUUCCUUCAUUUAUCCGUAUAAAUUCUGUGUCGACACAGGCAAAAUUUUGUUCGAAAACCAAUUGUGUGCCAGUGAUGAGGAUCAUGCAACAAUUGCUGCCCAAGGGGACAGUGGCACUCCAGUUCUUUUGGAUGGAUCAGUAGUGGGCAUAGUAACAGGUGGGGCAACCCAACCUGACGGCCGAGUACCGAUAACUAUCUUGCGGACAUCUCCCUAUUUGGAUUUCAUUGCUCCAGCUGCCAGAGCAUAUCCCCAGGGAACCCCUCGCACCCAUGGUCCAAUAAUAUAAAAUCCAUGUACCAUAAAUAUUACUCAAAGAGAUAGAUUAUUCCUAGAUUUAUUGACGUCACAUAAUAUAUUGUUUUUUGCACUACGAAAAGUACAAAUUAUAAUCAAACCAAAUGAAAAUAAAAUU